AUGGCCCAACCAGCCAACGACGAUGCCACGAACUGGGAGAUAUGCGACCCAGACACCAUGCUAGACCAGGCAACAGCAGAAUUCGCCCCCGACACAGCGCACUACGAGCCGCGGCCCUCCUUAAACCCGGGGCUCAAGUCACUCACACACACGUACCAGCGAUUUGCAGCCCUAGACUUCCACACCGACGCCGGUGAGAACGAAACCGGCUUCUGCUUCCGCGUGGUGCCCGCAACCGAGUACUUCGUCAUUUCCUUCGACUUCGCGCGCGACUUCGAGCGCAGCCAGCGGCGCGGCGUCCUCUUCCCGAAACUCGACGCGCUGGCGCGCGGCCUGCUGCACGCGCAGCGGUACCACGACGCCGAGGACCUAGUCAACAGCAUGGGGCUUAGCGAAGCGUAG